UUUUGUAUAUAUAUAAGGAGAAAAUUGCAAAAAAAAUUAUACCAGCUCAGAAAGCAACUGAAAAAAUGGCUAAACUAGUAUUGUCAGCAAUCAUCGCAUUCGCAUUCGCGGCAGGAAUUAAUGCCGGUGUCGUGCAAAUUAAGGACUUGGAUAUUACGACACUUCCUUUACUCAUUGAGACAGAAGAAAGCGCACCCGAAAAUUUACCCGAUACUAUUCCAGAGGUCGAAGCCGUUAUUCCGGAACUUAUUGCAAUAAACCCUUGUGAUGCUUGCUUUGAGUAUAUGACCGCUUUGAUAGAUCAGCUAGCAAGUGGAACUGUCGUUCAGCCUUCUAUACCUGGACCAGCUCCUAUAGAACCUGAAGAAAGUUUGCCAGAAGUGGAAGACGAGGAGGAAGUACCAGAAGUAGAGGAAGACACACCAGAAGAAGAAGUCGAAGAAGAAGAGCAGGUUCCUGAGGCAGAAGACACCCCAGAAGAGGAAGAAGUUGAAGAGGAGACACCAGAAGAGGAAGAAGUUGAAGAGGAGACACCAGAAGAGGAGGAAGUUGAAGAGGAGACACCAGAAGAGGAAGAAGUUGAAGAGGAGACACCAGAAGAGGAAGAAGUUGAAGAAGAAAAAACUCCAGAAGAAGAGGUAGAAGAGGAGACUCCAGAAGAGGAUGAAGUUGUUGAAGAAGAGGAUACUCCAGAAGAAGAAGUUGUAGAAGAGGAAACUCCAGAAGAGGAAGAAGUUGAAGAAGAGACCCCAGAAGAAGAAGCCGUUGAAGAAGAAGAAACACCAGAGGUUGAAGACGUAGAAGAACAAACUCCAGAAGAGGAAGUUGUUGAAGAGGAAACACCAGAAGAAGAAGUUGCUGUGGAUGAAGCGCCAGUGGAUGUAGAGCAGCUACCAGAAAUAAUAGAGGCAGAGGUGUCAGAAUCAGAAAUUACCGAAAUUUCAGAAGUGGAAACUUCAGAAGUAGAACAGAAUUCGGAGACUGUGCAAGAGGAAUCUAAAUAAAAAGUUAUUUCUUUAUUGGGUUAAUUAAGCAUUGGUCAAAUGUAAAAACGAAUAAAUUUAAAUUAUAAGUGCAAACAGUAUACUCGUAUUUAAAUAUAAUAAUUUCCCUAAACAUA